AUGAACCUGGGGAAGAUCCCUGGGCUAAAGGGCCUGGUGGCCGGCUCUCAGGGUAAACGUAGUUUCAAAGGUGACCUCACCUUGGACAUGAUCAGCCCUCCGCUGGGAGACUUCCGCCACACCAUGCACGUGGGCCGCGGAGGGGACGUGUUCGGGGACACUUCAUUCCUUAGCAACCACGGUGGGGCCGCCAACGGAAACGGGGAUGAUGAUUCCGUCACAAGUCCUGACAACAAGAUCGGGGCUUUCUUCUCUCGGACCCUCCGGCAUGUUCGGAAGACACCAGAGCGUCCCAGGGGGGGGUCGAAGGACCUGUCCCCGACACCCCCUCCCAUCUCCCCCAUCAUCAAGAACGCAGUGUCCCUCCCCCGGCUGGAUGUGGACGGCUGCCCUAUUAAAAACCUCUUCCACACCUCUCCUACCUCCCUGGAGGAGACCACUUAUGGUUAUGGUGAGUCUUACUGUACACCCACACACAUACACACACAUACACAAACAUAUGGACGCAUCCACACAAUAAGUGAACAUGCAACCGUACCUGUGAAGACUUGCAGUAUGUCCUGGACGUAAGGUCUAGGCUUAAGCUCAGCAGGCUAACACCGUCUUGUGGCAUACAUGAGACUUGGAUUUGAUACAUGGUCAUGUAUCAAACAUAGAAGCAGGAGCUGCCAUUGGACAUGCUGUGAAAACAUGCUCUCAUUUACACAGUAAUUCAGACAGAUUUUCCACAGCUGUCAUGAUGAAUCACCUUGACUGACACACAACAACCCUCACACUCUCUCUAGCUUGUUAUGUGAUGAUAAGAGAGAGACGCAUUACUGUGCUGUUGUGUGUCUUUUCUGAGGCCCUGUGUGACUGACUGCCCCACAUUAAUAUCCUCAUGUUUCACUGUCUGACCUCUCUGCUGUAUUAUUAUUUUAAUUUUUUUACCCCCUUUUUUUCCCCAAUUUCGAUCUUGUCUCAACUCCCCAACUGGCUCGGGAGAGGCGAAGGUCGAGUCAGACUGCCUUAGGCACUCUUUCCGAAUAGUUAAGGUAAGGGUUAAGGUUUGGGAUAGGGUUAAAACCCCCAAAUAAAAAAACAGUGUCCACGACUGGGAUCGAACAUACAACCUUCUGAUCCAGAGUCAUGGGAGAGAGGUUAAGGUAAGGGUUAACGUUUGGGAUAGGGUUAAAACCCCCAAAUAAAAAAACAGUGUCCACAACUGGGAUCGAACAUACAACCUUCUGAUCCAGAGUCAUGGGAUAGAGGUUAAGGUAAGGGUUAAGGUUUGGGAUAGGGUUAAAACAAACUAAUUUAAAACCAGUGUCCAUGACUGGGAUCGAACAUGCAACCUUCUGAUCCAGAGUGGCCGGUUUUGAUGGCAUUUCCCGAUGUCCUCAGGACAUGGAUAGACGAUCUCCCCUGACAUCAAGUUCUUAUACAUGUGUAGUAAGUAGUUGCAACAUUGUUGUUACAUAGGACUUUGGAAAUUGCUUUAUAAUUGCUAAGCAUUCAAUUUGCUGUUUGCAAUGUUUGCAAACAUAGCCACGGGAAGUAGGGGUGCUAAGGGUGCUGCAGCACCCCCUGAAAAAUCCCCCGCAAUUUUUUAUAUAUAUAUAUAUAUAUGGGGACCACCACAGGAAUGGAAGACCCAGAGUUACCUCUGCUGCAGAGGAUAAGUUCAUUAGAGUUACCAGCCUCAGAAAUUGCAUCCCAAAUAAAUGCUUCACAGAGUUCAAGUGACAGACACAUCUCAACAUCAACUGUUCAGAGGGGACUGUGUGAAUCUGGCCUUCAUGGUCGAAUUGCUGCAAAGAAACCACUACUAAAGAACACCAAUAAGAAGAAGAGACUUGCUUGGGCCAAGAAACACGAGCAAUGGACAUUAGACCGGUGGAAAUUUGUCCUUUGGUCUGGAGUCCAAAUUGGAGAUUUUUGGUUCCAACCGCCGUGUCUUUGUGAGAUGCGGUGUGGGUGAACGGAUGAUCUCCAAUUGAGAUGGUUUGGGAUGAGUUGGACCGCAGAGUGAAGGAAAAGCAGCCAACAAGUGCUCAUCAUAUGUGGGAACUCCUUCAAGACUGUAGGAAAAGCAUUCCAAGUGAAGUUGGUUGAGAGAAUGCCAAGAGUGUGCAAACCUGUCAUCAAGGCAAAGGGUGACUACUUUGAAGAAUCUCAAAUAUAAAAUAGAUUUUGAUUUGUUUAACACUUUUUUGGUUACUACAUGAUUCCAUAUGUGUUAUUUCAUAGUUUUGAUGUCUUCACUACUAUUGUACAACGUAAAAAAUAGUACAAAUAAAGAAAAACCCUUGAAUGAGUAGGUGUGUCCAAACUUUUGACUGGUAGUGUAUAUUCAUCUUUUUUACUUUCUUUGCUUUCAGGCCCACGGGGGAACGGGUGGUAUAGGGAGGGGUUUUACUCGUCGCCGAGAGGGGGAGCAAGGGGUGGUGGGUGACUUAUAAGCAACCCUAGUCGCUAGGUGGGGUGGGAAGGGGUGGGAAACAUGGUUUCCAGGAGUGGGGGGAGGUUGUGGGUGGAGGUUGGGGGUGGAGGUUGAGGGUGGAGGCCCACUUCUUUUUUGUUUUCUUUUCCUGUUUAUGUGGAAUUCAUCACUUAAACUCUGUAUGUAUUUGUGGCAGCCUACGGGUACAUGUUUAAUAAACAAAUCAUUUUAAAUGAAUAAUGUAUAUAGUGUUUUGGAACUAAAUGGUUCAAAUAUGACUGUCAGAUCGAUUGCAAUAGUAUAGGAGAUUGUGUGUGCUCUAUUCAUUCUAUUUAUCUUCAACAUGCAGUUCCAGAUACAGCCCUGCCAUUAGUUCAAAGCAGCCAAUCCGAUAGUUUCCUGAGUCACUUCCUGAGAUCUGUAUUCAAGUAUUUUACAAAAGUAGUUAAUUUCUGAGAACUGUAUUCAAAUAUACUGAACAAAAAUAUAAACGCAACAUGUAGUUGGUCCCAUAUUUCAUGAGCUGAAAUAAAAUAUCCCAGAAAUGUUCCAUACACACGAAAAGCGUAUAUCUUUCAAAUUUUGUGAACAAAUUUGUUUACAUCCCUGUUAGUGAGCAUUUCUCCUUUGCCAAGAUAAUCCAUCCACCUGACAGGUGUGGCAUAUCAAGAAGCUGAUUAAAACAGCAUGAUAAUUGCACAGGUACACCUUGUGCUGAGGACAAUAAAAGGCCACCCUAAAAUGUGCAGUUUUGUCACAAAACACAAUGCCACAGAUGUCUCAAGUUUUGAGGGAGCGUGUAAUUGGCAUGCUGACUGCAGGUAUGUCCACCAGAGCUGUUGCCAGAGAAUUUAAUGUUCAUUUCUUUACCAUAAGCCGCCUCCAAUGUCGUUUUAGAGAAUUUGGCAGUACGUCCAACCGGCUUCACAACCGCAGACCAUGUGUAACCAAGCCUGCCCAGGACCUCCACAUCUGGCUUCUUUAUCUGCGGGAUCGCCUGAGACCAGCCACCCGGACAUCUGAUGAAACUCUGGGUUUACACAACCGAAGACUUUCUGCACAAACUGUCAGAAACCGUCUCAAGGAAGCUCAUCUGCGUGCUAGUAGUCCUCACUAGGGUCUUGACCUGACUGCAGUUCGGCGUUGCAACAGACUUCAGUGAGCAAAUGCUCACCUUCGAUGGCCAUUGGCACACUGGAGAAGUGUGCUCUUCACGGAUGAAUUCCGGUUUCAACUGUACCAGGCAGAUUGCGUAGUGUGGGCGAACGGUUUGCUGAUGUGAACGUUGUGAACAGAGUGCCCCAUGGUGGGGUUAUGGUAUGGGUAGGCAUACGGACAACGAACACAAUUGGCAUUUUAUCGAUGGCAAUUUGAGUGCACAGAGAUAGCAUGACGAGAUCCUGAGUCCCAUUGUCGUGCCAUUCAUCCGGCGCCAUCACCUCAUGUUUCAGCAUGAUAAUGCAUUGCCUCAUGUCGCAAGGAUCUGUACACAAUUCCUGGAAGCUAAAAAUGUCCCUUUUCUUCCAUGGCCUGCAUACCCACCAGACAGGUCACCCAUUGAGCAGGGAUGUUUAGGUAUGCUCUGGAUCGACGUGUACGACCACUUGUUCCAGUUCUCGACAAUAUCCAGAAACUUCGUACUACCAUUGAAGAGGAGUGGGACAACAUUCCACAGACCACAAUCACCAGCCUGAUCAACUCAAUGUGAAGGAGAAUGCCUGUCACACCAGAUACUGACUGUUUUCCUGAUCCACACCCCUACCCCUUUUUUUAAAGGUAUCUGUUACCAACAGAUGCAUAUCUGUAUUCCCAGUCAUGUGAAAUCCAUGGAUUAUGGCCUAAUGAUUUCCUUAUAUGAACUGUAACUCAGUAAAAUCUUUGAAAUUGUUGCAUGUUGCGUUUAUAUUUUUGUUCAGUGUAGUUUUGAAAAGUAUUCACUUUCUGAAAUCUGUAUUCAAAUAGCUUUAAAAAGUAGUUAUUUUUCUGGAUUUGUAUUCAAAUAGUUGUAGUCACCUCCAAAGUAACUAUUUUUUCCCCCGAAAACAAAUGUUACCAUCCACAAAGAAUAGUUAAAACUAUAGUUAUCCCAGGUCUGGUUUCAGCUAUGGAAGCAGUAGGUCAUGAGGGCACUAGUGUGUGACAUGUCAUGUGAGUAACCUGUCCUGGGAACAGCAUGCCUGAGAGAUGAUGUCUAACUCAGAGAUAGAGAUAGAGCUGGAGUUGUCAGCAUUUUGAAACUGUCAGGACUCACUAUUUGAUGACAUAGUUUACACUGCCCUCUGUUGGUGAUUGGAGAGCAUCUACAGUGCGUUCAGAAAGUAUUCACACCCCUUGACUUUUUCCACAUUUUGUUGUGUUACAAAGUGGGAUUAAAAUGGAUUUAAUUGUGGGAAAAAAAUGCUAACAUUUGUAAAAAAUUAUAAUAACAAAUAAAACACUAAUAUACAGUAUGUUGAUUAGAUAAGUAUUCAACCCAUGUUAGAAUCACCUUUGGCAGCAAUUACAGCUGUGAGUCUUUCUGGGUAAGUCUCUCUUAAGAGUUUUCCAUACCUGGAUUGUGCAACAUUUGCCCAUUGUUCUUCAAAAAAGUAUUUAAGCUCUGUCAAAUUGGUUGUUGAUCAUUGCUAGACAACCAUUUUCAAGUCUUGCCAUAGAUUUUCAACCAGAUUUAAGUCAAAACUGUAACUCGGCCACUCAGGAACAUUCACUGUCUUCUUGGUAAGCAAAUCCAGUGUAGAUUUGUCCUUGUGUUUUAGGUUAUUGUCCUGCUGAAAGGUAAAUUCAUCUCCCAGUAUCUGGUGGAAAGCUGAAUGAACCAGGUUUUCCUCUAGGAUCCUGUGCUUAGCUCCAUUCCGUUUCUUUUUUAUCCUGAAUAACUCCCCAGUCCUUAACAAUUACAAGCAUACCCAUGAUAUGAUGCAGCCACCACUGUGCUUGAAAAUAUGGAGAGUGUUUUAUUGGAUGUGCCCCAAAUAUAACACUUUGUAUUGAGGACAAAAAGUUAAUUGCUUUUCCACAUUUUUUGCAGUAUUACUUUAGUGCCUUGUUGCAAACAGGAUGCAUGUUUUGGAAUAUUUGUAUUCUGUACAGGCUUCCUUCUUUUCACUCUAUCAAUUAGGUUAGUAUUGUGGAGUAACUACAAAGUUGUUGAUCCAUCCUCAGUUUUCUCCUAUCACAGCCAUUAAACUCUGUAACUGUUUUAAGUCACCAUUGGCCUCAUGGUGAAAUCCCUGAGCGGUUUCCUUCCUCUCCGGCAACUGAGUGUAUUGAUACACCAUCCAAAGUGUAAUUAAUAACUUCACCAUGCUGAAAGGGAUAUUCAAUGUCUGCUUUUUUAUUUUAUUUUACCCAUCUACCAAUAGGUGCCCUUCUUUGCGAAGCAUUGGAAAAUUUCCCUGGUCUUUGUGGUUGAAUCUGUGUUUGAAAUUCACUGCUCGACUGAGGGACCUUAAAGAUAAUUGUAUGAGUGGGGUACAAAGAUUUAAAAAUCAUGUUAAAAACUAUUAUUGAACACAGAGUGAGUCUAUGCAACUUAUUAUGUGACUUGUUAAGUACAUGUUUAUUCCUGAAUGUAUUUAAUGGUAAAACUAGGGUGCCAACUGAAAUUCCAUGUAUUAUUUUAAAUUAUUUUAAACUCCCUGUCUCUGCUCCACCUCAGGUCUGGAGUCAGGUUUCGUCACUCUGCCUCGCCUCUCCUGCUCAGCGGAGCGUCAGUUGCAGCAGGGAGGCUCCUGUACCCCCAACACCCACGGCGGCUCGCUCACCGACGUCUCCGCCCUCCUGUCCUCCUCUGCUGACCCGACCCUGA